AUGCGUGCCGUGUGGCUCGCAGCAAGCUUAUCUAAACCCUCCCCUGAGGAGCGCCAGCCUUUUAUUAAGGAGUUGGAGAGCAUUCAUUGCACAUGCGGACUCGUACUGGACGGUGUGGGCGGUGAACAUGGCGCUAACCUUCUGGUCCAUGUUCGAGAGCACGCGGUUGAUGAUAAACUUGCAGAGGGGCACACAGCAACAGGAGAGAACGAUAACAACGGCCAGGAUGGAGGCCACUGCAGUGAUGGCGGAGAUGAUGACGUUCUACCAGCUGCCGAACGUGUCCUGGAACCACUUAAGGAUGGCGUUCUGUGGGACUCCCUCCUGUUGAUGGAGUCGGUCUUUGAACUCCUCGAGCAAUUCCAUGAGCUAGGUGACAACACCGGCAUCCCCCUCAGGGAGGGCCUCCUUCGAAACCGCUCCUUCAGAGGCGCCAAUGUUGCCACACGGCCUUCAGAUUCUCCCCCUCGGAACGGUCACAGUCCAAAGAACGGGACAGCAUCAAUCCCAUGGAGAAGAAACAGUAGGAAACGAUCACUGCUUGACCACCUUCGAAGCUGUCAGAAAGCCUGGUGCCCUGCUGUACCCUGGGACCGUGCUCAGGCACAUUCCGCCCUCUCUGGGACGCCUGCUGGGAGUUUUGUGGUUGUGAGGGAUUGUGUGACAUCUCUGCCCAGUUUGCUGUGUGUAUCUGCGGGAAGAGAAAAUGAAGCAGUUCUUGAAUAUAAUAUCUCAUGUACAGCCACAGUUUUUCAGCUGUCGAAGUCUCGUCUUUCUUUCUCCGACUUGGCUCAGUUGGUGUUCUUCUAUUCUUUGACCAGAGAUGUGUUGGACCUCUGUCUAAGAAUUCCUCGUUGGAUGGACAAUGUAACCGAGAGCACUAAAGAUUAUCUUCCUCAGCUUGAACCUCAGACCUGGCUCAGCGCACCGCCUGAACAAAUGACUGAUGAAAAGUUUCACAUGGAGCCAAAUAUUGUUGUCUGUUCUAUACAGUUGACCUCGGCGAACGGGGCCUUGUGUGUCAUCAACCCGCUCUAUCUUCAUGAACACGGUGAUGACUGGCUUUCACAUCAGUCGACUGGUCUGCAGUCCACCACACAGAUGUCUAAUUUUAGACGAGAACGGCGUCUCAGUUCCACUCGAACAUGGGCUGGAGCGGGCCUGAUGAACAAACGAGCCAUUUCUUUGGACCAGGAACCUUUUCAGUCCAGCACUGAGUGCUCAGGAUUAAUCAGAGCCAAAUCAGAAGAGUCUCCCCCAUCAAUGUCAUCUAUCCAAGGAGGGGUUGUGCUACGGCGCUCUAGUCAAAGUUCAUCUAGCUCAUCUAGCCUGUCCACAAGGGGGAGCACAGGGAGCUUACCUCCUUUUACCGAGUUACAAAACCGUGGCUCUCUUCAGACCCCUCAUAGAGUGUCCUGGAUAGAGGAUGGAUUUUGGCAGCCUCCGGCCCAGAGGCCAUCAUCCCUACUUCAGCCUCCUUCACCUGAGCUCGACUCACUGUCAAUCAGCAGCAUUGAAGAAGACCAGGUAGAUCAACUACAAUGCUCCGUGGCGCACCACCCAUCGGCACAACGGUUGGCCGACAAAGUCUUAAAUCGCCUCUCAGCCGUGGGCCAGGCUCUCGGCAGCUUGGUGUCUCAGAAAAAAAGGCUGAUCAAUCGUGUGCUAGAUCUGAGCGAGAGGAAACGUAGCAUAUUUGGAGAUGCUGUUAGAGAAUUUGUGGCGGUGACGAUGCAGAGUGAUUGUUCAACGGGGUCAGAGUUCUUACAGGAAAUAAGGUCAUCGCUUACGUCACUGAGGGAGACACUGUUGGACUACUAUGAUAUCCAGGCAAUGCUGGACAGUAUGACUGACCUUUCUGACUCAGAGAUAGACUCUCUGGUAGAGAGAUCAGUGCAUAAGGUGGCCCUAAAACCUGUGUCGGCUCACAUAUACUCUUGCAUUCAUAUCUGGCGCACCAAUGAUGGCAGCCUACAAAGACUAAAAAACAACCAGCGUGUUCUGGAAGACAGCAGUGUGGAAGCAUUAGGAGGCGUAGCUGGAGUUGGAGUCCCUGACUUGGUCACCCUUGAACGGAUUCAGCAAAGGUGGAUGAGUAUGCAUAAGGCCUACUCCCCAAACAAGAAGGUCCAUAUCCUGCUCAAAAACUGCAAGAGCAUCUACCACAGUAUGAGUAACAAUGCUAGCUCAGAUGUAGUGUUUGGAGCUGAUGAUUUCCUGCCUUGCUUGACAUGGGUCAUUUUGCGUAGUGAACUGGUCACCUUGCAGCUAGACACUGACUACAUGAUGGAGCUGCUGGAUCCAACACAGCUGCAGGGAGAAGGUGGCUACUACCUCACAACCCUAUAUGCCGCUCUUUAUUACAUCACUAGCUUCCAGCCACGCUUGGCUGCACGUCAACUGAGUGUUGAAGCCCAACACUCUCUUAGCCAAUGGCAUCGCAGGCGGACCCUGCACAGCAACCAAUCUCGUCACAAUAUGCGCCGACGGACCAUUCGGAGACAGACGUGUCCUGAAAAGUCAGUGCAAGCAUGGGAGACAGAGUGUAGGGAUGGAGAAGAAAGUAUGAAAUACGAGCCACAGCUGGAGACAAAAAGCAGCACAGAGGCUGAAGGUGGACACACUGAGCUGCAGGAUUGA